AUGAGUGCUAACCUCACCGAUAGGGGUAUUAAACUGCUUUAUAGGCAGCGAGGUAGUCGCUCGAGGCAGGUUGUACAUGAAGGUGACGAUGAUAGGCUAAUAAUUCGCGGACCCAUUAUAGAACAACAAUCAGACGUCGAAGAAUCACCACGAGAACAAUUUGAAGACGAGCCUUUGUUAGAUGGGCCUUUUGUAGAGCCGGAGCACGAAGAGCAAGAGCCAUUGCAUGAAGAACGGCACAAUGAGUAUCAAUUUGAUAAUGAAAAAGUGGAACAACCGGUUGUUCACGAAAAUUUUGAUGAAGAAGAAUUGCUCUCGUAUUACAAUUUCCAAGAUAUGCCCUUGAGACAGUUGUCAUCCUCAAUUACAUCGGUUACAUCAAUUGACGUACUCAUAUCGAUGUUCACCAACCUGUUCGAGAACGAUCUAAUACCGCAGGCCAUAAAGGAAUUUGAAUCGAGCAAGGAUAGUAAUUCAAAGAUGAUGUACAAGUUAGAUGUGAGAAUUUUUGAAUCAGUGCUGGAACAACUGAUCAAGGAUUUCAAGGAUAUCCUUGAUAUUAACAUGUCGAAUAACGAAUUGUGCUAUCAAUUGAAACAAAUAGUCGUAGCAAGAGAAGAGUUAAACCAAGAACUGGUAGAAACACGGAGCGAGCUACAGAAACUGAAAUGCGGUGGAGAGUGGUACAAAGUACAACAAGAACAAUCCGAACUUAACGGUCGAGUAGAAUUGAACGAUCAGUUGAACCAUUUAAAUGCACAAUUACAUGGGGAAGCUGCCAUACCUACAUCGCAAGAGCCAUUGGCCACUAACGAAACUGUCAGUGACUUUUGUGAGAUGGUGAACCCUUACAGCGGCAUACUCGCAAGACUCGAACAGAUGAAUAACAGCCUUCAACAGGAACAUUCAGUAGAAUGA